UUCUCCAUCUCUUCUACUCAAAGGACCACUCCCCAAUUGAGCGCCCGCUGCUCCUCUGUUCACCCUCUCAUUAGAUCACCGCCGUUCAUUCCCCGAUGGCUGCUGCAGUCCCCACCAUCGGCGCCGUCAACAGAGCUCCGUUGAGCUCUGGUGCUGGAGUUGCAGUUCCAAGCUCAGCCUUCUUUGGCAGCAGCUUGAAGAAAGUGAGCCCGAGAUUCGCCAACAAGGCUCCUGUCAGCUUCAAGGUUUGCGCUGAGAGUGCAGAGAUUGACGAGUCCGCGCAGACUGACAAGGACAAGUGGAGAGGCCUUGCUUAUGAUGUCUCUGAUGACCAACAGGACAUCACCAGAGGUAAAGGUAUGGUGGACACUCUGUUCCAGGCCCCUAUGGGAGAUGGAACCCACUAUGCCGUCAUGAGUUCCUACGAGUACAUGAGCCAAGGGCUUCGCACAUACAACUUGGACAACAACAUGGAUGGUUUCUACAUUGCCCCUGCUUUCAUGGACAAGCUUGUUGUUCACAUCACCAAGAACUUCAUGGCCCUCCCUAACAUCAAGGUUCCUCUCAUCUUGGGUAUAUGGGGAGGAAAAGGUCAGGGAAAAUCCUUCCAAUGUGAGCUUGUUUUUGCCAAGAUGGGAAUUAACCCCAUCAUGAUGAGUGCCGGAGAAUUGGAAAGUGGAAACGCCGGUGAACCCGCAAAGCUGAUCAGGCAAAGGUACCGUGAGGCCGCUGACAUUAUCAGGAAGGGUAAGAUGUGCUGCCUCUUCAUCAACGAUCUUGAUGCAGGAGCUGGUCGUAUGGGUGGAACCACCCAGUACACCGUCAACAACCAGAUGGUUAACGCCACCCUCAUGAACAUCGCCGAUAACCCCACAUGCGUGCAGCUCCCCGGAAUGUACAACAAGGAGGAGAACCCCCGUGUCCCCAUCAUCGUCACUGGUAACGAUUUCUCCACCCUGUACGCUCCUCUCAUUCGUGACGGUCGUAUGGAGAAGUUCUACUGGGCACCAACUCGCGACGACCGUAUUGGUGUUUGCACGGGUAUCUUCAGGAGCGACAAUGUCCCAGACGACGACAUUGUCAAGCUCGUCGACACCUUCCCCGGCCAAUCCAUUGAUUUCUUCGGUGCCCUGAGAGCCAGAGUGUACGACGACGAAGUGAGAAAGUGGAUCGGCGAUAUCGGAGUCGAUAGCGUUGGGAAGAGGCUCGUGAACUCCUUGGAAGGACCCCCAACCUUUGACCAACCCAAGAUGACCAUCGAGAAGCUCCUGGAGUAUGGAAACAUGCUCGUGGCUGAGCAAGAGAACGUGAAGAGAGUCCAAUUGGCCGACAAGUACUUGAGCGAGGCUGCCCUUGGUGAUGCCAAUGAGGAUACCAUGAAAAGAGGAACUUACUACGGUUAGAUCCCUUGAUCUCAGAGGAAAAGCUGCCCAGCAAGUUAAAGUUCCUGUUCCUGAAGGUUGUACUGAUCCUAAUGCAGCCAACUUUGACCCAACUGCAAGGAGUGAUGAUGGGAGCUGCACUUAUAAGUUCUAAUUAAUUAGUCCUUCUUUUGUAGGAAAUGGGUGGGAGGGUAAAUUAAGCAACUCUCUAAAUUAUGUGGGAUAUAUUCAGCAAGGGUUGUUAUCCUUGUUUUUUAAGUGGAUUUUAUCCUCUGAUUUUGUGUUGUAAUUUACACUAUGUUUGAAUGUUCUUAUAUGUUUGCUUUCUUUCUCACACCCUUAGUUCCUCUU